UUCUGAGGUGACGUAUUGUUUCUCCAAACCACAAAAGUCUACAGAAGAACUGUUGGGUCGAUUCACAAUGGAUGAGGACGGUGAUGGCAGAUCCAGCCUGUCUAACUCGUGUCCCACUCGACCUAAACCCACACAGUCACCAGUUCCUGUCAGGAACCACAGGAACCAGAGAACACUGCAGGGCCCCAAGCUGCUAGAAGUUGACUGGGAUUCUCUUUUUAAAGAGAGACAACCUCCACCAGGAGCAGCUAAACAACACCUGGAGAAUCAGCAGAAACCCAAGACAUUUCAUGCCUGUCCAGUGUGUGGAAGACACUGCCAAAAGUUAUCCAUCCUGCAGAUCCACAUGAGAAUCCACACGGGAGAGAAGCCGUACCCCUGCCCCGACUGUGGCAAGAAGUUCGCUCACCUGGGAGCCAUGAGACGACACCACCUCACACACACGGGAGAGAAGCCUUACUCCUGCUCUGUGUGUGGGAAGAGUUUCACCCAAUCAGGACAUCUGAAAGAGCACCAACAGUCUCACUCCGGAGAGAAGCACCACUGUCUGAUCUGUCUGAAACAGUAUAUCAGAGCAGAAGAUCUGAAGAUUCACCACAGAGUUCACACGGGAGAAAGGCCCUACCGCUGUGCAGAGUGUGGCAAGAGCUACAUCAGGUCAAAGAAUCUCCGGGCUCACAAGCUGACUCACCAGAGGACAGGAGGUGGUGGUAAAAGUGACAGGGAGAUGGCAGCUACUAUCCAGGUGAAAGUGAAGGAGGAGGAAGAAGAGGAAGAGGUUGGUGGUUUCAUCAAUGCCGAAGGAGAGGAGGAAGAGGAGGUUGGUGGUUUCAUUAAUGCUGACGGAGAGGAAGUUGGCUGGAGUUUCCCUGAUCUCAGUGAAAGUCCUGUCCAUGACUCUGGUAGUGAAGGAGGAAGUCCCCCUACAUCACACACCAACAAGGAUCCUGGUCACCAAUCCAGCACCAAAGCUGUAGAGUCCCAGGGUCCCGAUCCAAGACAUGAGGAGGACAUCACUCAAACACCUGGGAUGAACAUUCAUAUUGUAGAAGAGGGGAAGGAGGAAGUGAAAGAGGAGGAUGAAGUUGGUGGUUUUAUCAAUUCUGAAGGAGAAGAAUUUGACUGGGAUUCUGUUCAACAUAGAGAGAGCCCGGACUGUGGCUUAGACAGCAAAGCGAAUCCCGCCACAUCAGAACAUCCUGAACACCAGGAGAGUCACAAGACGAAGACGUCUCACUGCUGCUCGGUGUGUGGCAGAGAGUGCUACAAGCUCUCGGUACUGCAGAUCCACAUGAGAAUCCACACGGGAGAGAAGCCGUACCCCUGCCCCGACUGUGGCAAGAAGUUCGCUCACCUGGGAGCCAUGAGACGACACCUCCUCACACACACGGGAGAGAAGCCUUACUCCUGCUCUGUGUGUGGGAAGAGUUUCACCCAAUCAGGACAUCUGAGGGAGCACCAGCAGUCUCACAGUGGAGAGAAGCCUCACCUGUGUCUGGUCUGUGGGAGAGGCUUCUCUAGAGCGUCAGACCUCCGGAUCCACCACAGAGUUCACACAGGGGAGAGGCCGUACAGCUGUGACUACUGUGGGAAGAGAUACGGCCGCUGUCAGAAGCUACGGGCUCACCAACGGACACACCACAGUGACAGGACGCACGCUGAUACUGGAGAGGAGACGGAGUGAAUGACCACGAGGCUUUGAACAUAAGACGUGAUAAGCUUAGUAUUCCUACAGGUGAUGUUAGCCGGCUGGACAACAACGAUGAUACACGUUGAUCGUCAUCAGACAGAGGAACAAUACACUCCAUUGGAAUAGACAUGGUUCUAGAA